AUGUUGAAAGCAACAAAUUACACUACUUGGGCAAUUCGGAUGCAAAUAAUCUUGGAAGCAAAUGGUCUUUGGGAAAUGAUUGAACCACAACCAACAACACAAGCUGAUGCAAAAAAGGAUAAAACCGCUAUCGCCUAUAUUUAUCAAUCACUAACAGAAGAUCAAUUACUUCUCAUUUCAAAAUACAAAACUGCAAAGGCAGUUUGGGAUGCUUUGAAGACAAGACACAUUGGAGUAAACAGUGUCCAACAAGCAAGACUACAAACAGUCAAGACGGAAUUUGAGAUGUUACAGAUGAAAGAAAAUGAAUCAAUCGAUUCAUUUACUACAAAGUUGACGGGUAUUAUCAACAAAGCGGCAAGCUUGGGAUUAACAUAUGAAGAUUCCACUCUCGAACGAAAAUUAUUAAAUGUCGUACCCGACAGAUUUCUUCAAAUUGUUGCAUCCAUUGAACAAUACUCGAACUUAGAUACUAUGUCUCUAGACGAAGUAAUCGGGAGACUGAAGCCUUUUGAAGAAAGACUCAAGUAUAAAAAGGAAAGAUAUGUGGACACUCAAGAGGGAUUGAUGUUCACGCAGCAUGAAGCUCGAGGCCAACCUUACAGAGGAUGUGGUCGUGGUAGAUUUAACCAAUCACGAGGCCGAGGGAAUAACAGAUUUAGAUCAGAAAGAAAGAACUGGGAACCUUCAUAG